CCCGUUGCCGCCGUUGCCGCCGCCGCCGCCGCCGCCGCCGCCCGCGCCCCCGCUCCGGUCUGUGGUGCAGCGGGGACCCAGCACCAUGUCGCUGUCGCGCUCGGAGGAGAUGCACCGGCUGACGGAAAACGUGUACAAGACCAUCAUGGAGCAGUUCAACCCCAACCUGCGGAACUUCAUCGCCACGGGGAAGAACUACGAGAAAGCCCUGGCAGGGGUGACGUUUGCUGCCAAAGGCUACUUCGACGCCCUUGUGAAGAUGGGGGAGCUGGCCAGCGAGAGCCAGGGCUCCAAGGAACUCGGAGACGUCCUAUUCCAGAUGGCCGAGGUGCACAGGCAGAUCCAGAACCAGCUGGAAGAGAUGCUCAAGUCCUUCCACAGCGAGCUGCUCACGCAGCUGGAGCAGAAAGUGGAGCUGGACUCCAGGUACCUGAGUGCCGCGCUGAAGAAGUACCAGACGGAGCAGAGGAGCAAAGGGGACGCCCUGGACAAGUGCCAGGCGGAGCUGAAGAAGCUGCGCAAGAAGAGCCAGGGCAGCAAGAACCCCCAGAAGUACUCGGACAAGGAGCUGCAGUACAUCGAUGCCAUCAGCAACAAGCAGGGUGAGCUGGAGAGCUACGUGUCAGACGGCUACAAGACGGCGCUCACCGAGGAGCGCAGGCGGUUCUGCUUCCUGGUGGAGAAGCAGUGCGCCGUGGCCAAGAACUCGGCCGCCUACCACUCCAAGGGCAAGGAGCUGCUGGCGCAGAAGCUCCCGCUGUGGCAGCAGGCCUGCGCCGACCCCAACAAGAUCCCCGAACGCGCCGCGCAGCUCAUGCAGCAGAUGGCCAGCAGCAACGGCGCCGUGCUCCCCAGCGCCCUGUCGGCCUCCAAGUCCAACCUGGUCAUCUCGGACCCCAUCCCGGGCGCCAAGCCCCUGCCGGUGCCCCCCGAGCUGGCCCCGUUUGUGGGGAGGAUGUCGGCCCAGGAGAACGCGCCCAUCAUGAACGGAGUCUCGGGCCCGGACGGCGAGGACUACAACCCCUGGGCUGACCGCAAGGCUGCCCAGCCCAAAUCUCUGUCCCCCCCGCAGUCACAGAGCAAGCUGAGCGACUCCUACUCCAACACCCUCCCAGUGCGCAAGAGCGUCACCCCCAGAAACAGCUACGCCACCACUGAGAACAAGACUUUGCCUCGCUCCAGCUCCAUGGCCGCCGGCCUGGAGCGCAACGGCCGCACGCGGGUGAAGGCCAUCUUCUCCCACGCGGCCGGUGACAACAGCACCCUGCUGAGCUUCAAGGAGGGCGACCUCAUCACCCUGCUGGUGCCCGAGGCGCGCGACGGCUGGCACUACGGCGAGAGCGAGAAGACCAAGAUGCGGGGCUGGUUUCCCUUCUCCUACACGCGGGUUCUGGACAGCGACGGCAGUGACAGGCUGCACAUGAGCCUGCAGCAAGGCAAGAGCAGCAGCACCGGCAACCUCCUGGACAAGGAGGACCUGGCCCUCCCGCCCCCUGACUACGGCACCUCCUCCAGGGCCUUCCCCGGCCAGGCAGCCAGCACCUUCAAGCAGAGGCCCUACAGCGUGGCCGUGCCUGCCUUCUCCCAGGGCCUGGACGACUACGGGGCUCGGUCUGUGAGCAGGAACCCCUUCGCCAGUGUCCAGCUGAAGCCGACCGUGACCAACGACAGGUCUGCCCCGGUCCUCAGCUGACGGCUGCGUCGGCGUCACUACGGCCACUCCCACCGCAGCCCCCAGGCCCCGCCCCCGCGUGAAGGCUGACCUGGGACGGCCUGCGGUGGAUGGCACGGGGGGUGACGGGAGAAUGAACAGUGCCCACCUGUGCACAGGUGCGAGCCGUCUGCCUGGGCCGCGGGGCCUGCACCUGCUGGAGGAGUUCAUCCCCGCCUGCUGCGUCCUGGGUGCCCGGCCGCGGCCCCUCCUGCCUUCGUGUGCGGCACUUCCCUGUCCCUCUGGCCCCUGGCCCUGUCUCUGGGAUGGCCACUCGCUGAUACAGGGCCUUCCGCUGUCAGACAGGCAGCACCCCAGUGCCCUCGACACGGGAGCCAGGAGCUGGGCGUGGACCCGGGGCCCCACGCAGGGGGCGGGGCUCAACUUCCCGAGCUGUCACCACCGUCUCCCAGGGCGCAUUAGCAGGGAGCUGGAAUUGGAGCCGAGCUGGGGACCGAGCCCAGGGACACAGGUGUCCCCGGUCGUCUAACCACUAGGCCAAAUGCCCACCUGUAAAGUACGGAACACAGAGGAGGCGGCUGCAGGGAGAGAGCUGUCCACUUGGUUUCCUCCCCAAAUGACCACAACAGCUGGACUGGUCCAGGCCGAAGCCAGGAGCCUGGAGCUCCAUCCAGGUCUCCCAUGUGGGUGACAGGGGCGCAAGUCCUUGGGCCAUGGCUGCUGCCUCCCAGCUGGACUCGAACCCGCGCUCCGACACGGGGCGCUGGCGUUGCGGGUGGCAGCGUAGCGCACUGCCCCACUGCACGGGCCCCGCAACCCCGGAUUCGGUCACGAGACGCACACUGCUGUGCCAGUGUGGCCUUUGCUGGCGCGGGGUCUGCACCUGCUCGGGGGGGCUCUGGGGCAUCCGGGGGCCGGGGGUCAGGUGGGCACAGAACGCGAGCUGGGCGCUGGCUUCAGCCGUGGUGGGGUGCACAGGACUCUGAGAGGGACAGGCGCAGCCCCUGGAAGGCAAGGGCGGGGCUGGCGGGAGUGGGGGCCACCCUCUCGGCCCCUCCAGCAGGGCCGCUGGGGACAGGGACCCAGGCACUGCCUGCUCCACAGGGCACUGGGGACAGUGAAGACGGGGUUACUGCCCCCAAGCUCCCCACCCCAGCUUCAUCGGAAGACCCCAAAGGAAACCACGUUGAGCACAAGGGCUUUCUUAGCUUGACUUCUCUUAAAAAAAAAAAAAAUGGAACAAGAGAACCAAUGCAUCAGCAUCCUAAACCUCAAACCAAUUAAAAAAAAAAAAAAAGAACCCCGCCCCAAAGCAACAAUAAAGGACGUUUCUUUGGCAACAGUAA